AUGGGUCUUAUUCAAGGUCAACAGGUCGCACGCAUCGACUCCAAGGCAGCUGCGGCCAUCGCCUCAAACGUCGAGGAUUACGAUGCGCUCGUUCACGAUGCUGCCGAGGCUACGCGCUCGCAGGAGCAGAUGAGCCUCCGCAAGGCGCUCAAGACCUACCCGAACGCCAUCUUUUUCUCGGUCAUCCUUUCGCUGGCCGUCGUCAUGGAGGGUUACGAUACGCUGCUGAUCGGCAACUUUUUCGCCAUGCCCGCAUUUGCCAAAAAGUACGGCGUAUGCGACGCCACAGGCAAGUGCGAGAUCCCGGCUCCCUGGCAGUCGGGCCUCACAAACGGUUCGCAGGUGGGCUCCAUCAUUGGUCUGCAGCUCACCGGUAUCGCAUCGGAACGCUUCGGUUACCGCAAGACCAUCCUGGCUGCACUGGUCGCCAUGACGGCGUUUAUCUUUAUCCCGUUCUUUGCUCCUAACCUCACCGUGCUGCUCGUCGGUCAGAUCCUCCAGGGUCUUCCCUGGGGUGUCUUCCAGACGCUCACCACCUCGUACGCCGCCGAAGUGACGCCGGUUGCUCUUCGUCCCUUCCUCACCACCUGGGUCAACGGAUGCUGGGUCGUCGGUCAACUCAUCGCCUCGGGUGUUCUGCGCGCCACGGUUAACCGCACCGAUCACUGGGCCUACAAGAUCCCUUAUGCGAUUCAGUGGGUUUGGCCGGUGCCCAUCUUUAUCGGCUGCUGCUUUGCGCCCGAGUCGCCCUGGUGGCUGGUGCGUCAGAACCGUCUCGAAGAUGCCAAGCACUCGCUCCGUCGACUCGCUGCCAACGACCGCGAGUUCUCCGAGCACGAUGCUGACCAGACCGUUCAGAUGAUGAUCCACACCAACGAGCUCGAAAAGGCAGCUGCCGAGGGCGGAAGCUACUGGGACUGCCUCAAGCGCACCGAUCGUCGACGUACCGAGAUUGCCUGCGUCGUCUGGCUGAUUCAGGUGUUCUGCGGUGGUCCAUUGAUGGGUCUCUCUUCCUACUUCUACACAAAGGCGGGUCUCCCCACCGAUCAGGCAUUCAACUUGACCAUCGGCCAGUUCUCCAUGGGUCUCGUCGGCACGCUCAGCUCUUGGUUCCUGCUUCGAAAGAUUGGUCGUCGUACGCUCUACCUGUACGGUCAGCUGGUGCUGUUUGUGCUCAUGAUCACGAUUGGCGGUCUCGCUUUCAAGUCGGACAACACGGGCGUCUCUUGGGCGAUCGGUUCCAUGCUGCUCAUCUUUACCUUUAUCUACGACUUGACUGUCGGUCCCGUUUGCUACUGCUUGGUUGCCGAGAUCUCGUCGACGCGUCUGCGUGCAAAGACGAUUGUACUGGCACGUAACGCAUACAACAUUGGCGGUAUCAUUGCCAACAUCCUUUCGCCCCGCAUGCUCAACUCGACCGAGUGGAACUGGGGUGCCAAGGCGGGCUUCUUCUGGGCAGGCACUGGCUUCCUCUGCAUCGUAUGGACCUUCUUCCGUCUCCCCGAGACCAAGGACCGAUCCUACGGUACACUCGACAUUCUCUUUGAACAAAAGGUCUCGGCACGCAAGUUUGCCUCGACCGAGGUCGACAUGUUUGCCUCGCACACCCAGGCCGCCGUCGCCGCGCAGACCGGCUCGAUCGACGAAAAGGCCAGCUCGACCGACAAGGUCGACAACGUCGUCGCCAACACCUCGGGCCUCGGCUACAAGUACGAAGCCUAA